AAGUGGAACAUUCUCUUCACUUUUCUCAGACACUUCCAAUUCCUAAAAUUCACCAAACAGAACAGAACCUCUUCUCUCCUUUUAUUUUAUGUAACACUGCAAAACCUCUUCAUGGUUCUUCAACAACAACCAUGACUACUUUAAUUAUCAACCAAUACCAUGCCUUUCCUCGCUCCCACCUCGCUCGCCGCCUUAAUCGAAUCGUCGAUCUCGACUCGCUCCUCUCUCCUCGGCCGUGCCACCCAUGCCCAAAUCAUCAAAACCCUCCUAACCCCUUUCCCUUCCUUCCUCUCCAACCACCUCAUCAACAUGUACUCCAAACUCGACCUUCCCAACUCGGCUCAGCUCGUGCUCUCUCUCACCCCGUCUCGCUCAGUCGUCACCUGGACCGCCCUCAUUGCUGGGUCGGUCCAAAAUGGUCAUUUUGUUUCUUCUCUCAUCCACUUUGUAAACAUGCUCCGUGAAAAUAUUCACCCCAAUGACUUCACUUUCCCUUGUUUGUUCAAAGCCUCGGCCUAUCUUCGAAUGCCCUUUGUGGGGAAACAGGUUCAUGCCAUUGCUGUUAAGGAUGGUCAGAUAGCUGAUGUCUUUGUGGGGUCUAGUGCUUUCAAUAUGUACUGUAAAACGGGGCUGAGAGAAGAGGCUCGGAAGGUGUUUGAUGAAAUGCCUGAGAGAAAUUUAGUGACGUGGAAUGCGUAUAUUUCUAAUGCGGUGCUUGAUGGGCAACCGAGAAAUGGGGUGGAGGCGUUUAUUGAGUUUCUACGUGUGGGUGGGGAGCCUGAUUCGAUAACGUUUUGUGCGUUUCUCAAUGCGUGUUCUGAUGCUUCGUAUUUGGAGCUUGGGCGACAAUUGCAUGGGUUUGUGAUUCGGAUUGGGUUUGAGGCAGAUGUGUCUGUUUCGAAUGGGCUGAUUGAUUUUUAUGGCAAGUGUUGGGAGAUUGGAUCAUCUGUGAUGGUUUUUGAGGGAAUGGGUCGGCGAAAUGAUGUUUCUUGGUGCUCUUUGUUGGCUGCACAUGUGCAAAAUGAUGAGGAUGAGAAGGCGUGUAUGGUCUUCUUGCAAGCUAGAGAAGAAGGCGUUGAGCCAACGGAUUUUAUGCUUUCGAGUGUUGUGAGUGCUUCUGCUGGUCUUUCGGGUCUUGAAUUGGGCAGGUCAGUUCAUGCACUGGCUGUAAAGGCAUGUGUGGAGGGGAAUAUCUUUGUUGGGAGUGCAAUUGUUGACAUGUAUGGGAAAUGUGGAAAUAUAAAUGAUGCAGAGCGAGCCUAUCAUGAAAUGCCUGAGAGGAACUUAAUCACUUGGAAUGCAAUGAUAGGAGGGUAUGCACAUCAAGGGCAUGCAGACAUGGCUUUGGCAUUGUUAGAGGAGAUGAUGUCUGGUGGCAAUGAGGUGGUACCAAAUUAUGUAACUUUAGUUUGUGUAUUAUCGGCCUGUAGUAGGGCAGGAGCAGUGAAAUUGGGCAUGGAAAUUUUUGACUCAAUGAGGACAAGAUAUGGGAUUGAACCAGGGGUAGAGCAUUAUGCAUGUGUAGUGGACUUAUUGGGGCGAGCUGGGAUGGUAGAGCGUGCCUAUGACUUUAUAAAGGAAAUGCCAAUUCGGCCAACAACAUCAGUUUGGGGGGCUCUUUUAGGGGCUUGCAGAGUGUAUGGGAAACCUGAAUUGGGGAAGAUUGCUGCUGAUAACUUAUUUGAACUUGAUCCAAAAGACUCGGGCAAUCAUGUGGUGCUUUCUAAUCUUUUUGCAGCCACUGGCAGGUGGGAAGAAGCCACUCUUGUGAGAAAGGAGAUGAAGGAUGUUGGUAUAAAAAAGGAUGCAGGCUGCAGUUGGAUCUCUGUAAAGAAUGCAGUCCAUGUCUUUCAAGCAAAGGAUACUUCCCAUGAAAGGAACUCAGAGAUUCAGGCAAUGCUAGCUAAACUAAGGAGGGAUAUGAAUGAAGCUGGCUAUGUACCUGAUACUAAUUUUGCUCUCUAUGAUUUACAAGAAGAAGAGAAAAUAUCAGAAGUUUGGUACCAUAGUGAGAAGAUUGCCCUUGCAUAUGGCCUCAUAGCUAUCCCUCCUGGAGUACCUAUAAGAAUCACAAAAAAUCUUAGGAUUUGUGGAGACUGCCACAGUGCCAUCAAGUUCAUCUCUGGCAUUGUUGGUAGAGAAAUUAUAGUGAGAGAUAACAAUCGGUUUCAUCAAUUUAGAGAUGGCCAGUGCUCUUGUGGAGAUUAUUGGUGAUAGCUUAAUAUUUUCAAAUUUCAACAAUUUCGUAUGGGACAGAGCUUUCUGACAAAAAUUAUUGAGAUUCUUUCUAUACAAGACAUGGUAGUUUUUAAAUUAUUGGCGGGUAGGAUAUGAUUCCCAAGUUUAGAGGAUUUAAUUUUUACUUGCCACCUUUUGAGUCACUUUGUUCUAUAGUGUUGAUUGGUCACACUUGUAUUUCAAAAUUUUACAUAGAUGUAUAAAUUACAAGUAGGCUGUACCUUGAAUGUGUGUUCCCCGCUACUCUUCUCUUGAGGACAUAGUUUGUACCAAAUCAUAAAUGUCCAUAUUAGUUAUUACACAUUUCCAUUCA